AUGAAAUUAAAAGUCGGGUUAACUUCUGCAAUUGCACUUGGUUGUGCCGGCAUUACCUAUGUAGUUCUUAAACAUAGGACAAAAUUGCGGAAUUCGGCAGAUGUGCUUAAUUAUCUCACAAUUAAAAUUAUAACGACCGAAGAAGAAUGUGAAGAAAUUAUUGCUGAUUUGCGGAGUCGCAGUGCUGAACACCAUGCUAUAGGUUUUGACUGUGAAUGGGUCACCGUUCAAGGUAAAAGAUCCCCUGUGGCGUUACUACAACUAUCUACUUUGGAUGGACAUUGUUGGUUGUUUAGACUUUCCCAAAUGAAAGCUGUUCCACAAGGCUUAAAGGAAAUCUUAGAAGAUGAAAAUAUAUACAAAGUAGGUGUCGCUCCUGCAGAUGAUGCAAAGUACUUGGCCUAUGAUUAUGGAGUUAAAUUAAGAGGAACUUUGGAUGUAAGGCAUAUAGCUAUUUUGUGUAAUUAUGAAGCUGGUGGUCUGGCUGCACUAUCUAAAUCAAUGUUAGGUGUCAUCUUGGAUAAAAGCUGGAGAAUCCGUUGCAGUGAUUGGGAGGCAGAAGAACUUACAGAGCGGCAAAUCAAAUAUGCGGCGGCAGAUGCUCAUGUUGCUGUUAAGAUUUUUGUAAAAUUGAUCACUGAUUACCAUUUAAAAAAAACUUCUUUUUGGUGGCGAACUAGAAAUAAUACUAGUCAAUGGAGUAAUUUAAAUGAUUUAUGCUGGAAAUAUACUGAUAUUUGCUACAAAACUAAAAGUGUGAAAAAAGACAAAUAUUAUGAAUAUAAGAAAAAAGAUAUCAAAGGCAAGGAUAUAGUUAUAACCAAAAAGUACCAGCCAGCGACUCGCUCUAAACCUUUAUACCAUAACUGCUUCUUGCAAGCUCCUGAUGGAGAAUUGCUUUGCACUUGCGACAACAAGAAGGCCUUAUGGUAUGUGGAAAAGGAACUAGCAGACAUAGUGAUACAAGACCCUUUAACCGUUCGCCUUCGAUUCGAGCCGGCGGGGCGCUCCGUGGGCGAGGUCGGUCGGUACUACCAACUGAAGAAAGAGAACAAAUGUGUCGUCUGUGGCGCUAACGACUCGUACAUAAGGAAGAAUGUGGUACCUAGAGAGUAUAGGAAAUAUUUUCCUGAGGUGAUGAAGGACCACUCGUCGCACGACGUGCUGCUGCUGUGCGUGGCGUGCCACCAGCGCAGCAACGCGGCGGACCGCGCCGUGCGCGAGCGCCUCGCGCACGUCUGCUCCGCGCCGCUGGCGACGCGCGAAUGCUCCGGUUACACAGAGGACGCGGAUAGCAAGAAAAUCCGUUCAGCAGCACGAGCACUCUUGUACCAAUCUAGAAAGCACGCUUUGCCAGAAGCAAGGCGACAACAUCUAGAAAAUAUACUAUUACAGCACUACCCACAAUUUGACGAAGUCACUGAAGAAUUGUUGCAAGAUGCCGUUAAUAUACAAGUUUUGUAUGAGAACACAGACUAUGAACCUCACGGACAAAAAGUGGUUUGUUAUUAUUUAGAGAAUGAAGGCUUACUUAAAUUAGAGGAACUAUGGAGAGAGCACUUUUUAGAUUCCAUGUGCCCUAAGUACAUGCCCGAGUUGUGGUCAGUUAAGCAUAAUGAGGAAAGAAUGCGAGUACGCCUUAGCGAGGGCCGUUUAUCUGAACAAGAUACGAAAUUAAUUGGUCUA